CCCGGUGGUGCAAAUGGCCACGCUGACCUACGAGACGCCCCAAGGAUUGAGAAUUUGGGGUGGAAGACUAAUAAAGGAAAGAAAUGAAGGAGAGAUCCAGGCAAUUCACUAUUUGUGGCUUCCUUUAUUAUAAAUAAGAGUUGGCACACUUUUUCCACAAAGGGCCAGAUGGUACAUAUUUUAGGCUUUGCUGGCUAUAUGGUCUCUGUUAUGACUACUCAGUUCUGUGUUGUAGGGGGAUAGUGACCGAAAAAAUAUGUGAAUGAGUAUACAUGGCUGUGUUCCAAUAAAACUUUACUUAUAAAGCCCCUGUUAGAAAUGGUUCUCAGAGAAAAUCCUGGUCCUUAUCUUCUCCCAGUACUGAUAUGCACCAUUUUCAGUAGAUGCUGAGAAGUAGGAUUAAAGGAUAUAUGCUGUUUUAAUUAUACAUAAUAGAGAUGUCCACUCAUCAUUUGAAGAUUUAUUUAGGUUUUUGCUUAAAAUGUAGGAGGACCCCUACCUGGAUCUUCAGAAUCUUCAGACCCUUUCUUGGGAUUAGGCGGAAACUGGGUGUAGUCUGAGAUUCCAGCAGGAAUAUCUCUGACUUCACUGUAAUUGCUGUUGGUGACAGUGCCCGGAUCCGCCUUCACCUUUUCCCAGACAACUUGGUGUUCCUGCUGCCCUGGAGCCUGCGGGAGGCAGUGGGCCCUACCAGGCCAGGCACUGAGCUGUGCUAGUUUGAUUAUAGCACAUGCUUGGGCUCUCCUUGUAGCUAUCAGAGCUGCCAGGUGGUUUGGGGUUGGUGUAGAUCAUCUGCUUCUCUGUGAUUCUCAAAGCAGGUUCUGCCUCAGACACAGCCACAAAACAACCCUGCAAACACUAGCUUACAUGAUGGUUUCACUGGAAGCAAAGGUUCUGAUAUUCUGGAAGUGGGCUUCAGUUACCCUGUAUUACUCAUGGGUAACCCCAAGUCCCCUGAACCCUCAGAGUUGACACCUGAAGACCAUCUCUAAUGGUAUAGGCCUCACCACCUUCUCACUACCCUGUUCUUAUAAGGCUGGGUGGUUCCUAAAAUAUUAAUAUUUUAACCAGUCUGGUAUCUUGAGUGCUUGAAUUUUGCUAAUGAGAACCCACCAGUACCAUUUGCUGGGAUUAUUCAUGCUAGAGAGCAGGCUCUGGAGAGCUGAAGCAGGCCUGCCCAGGAGUGUGGCCGCCUGCCCACCAGGUGUGAGCUCCUGGUGAGGACAAGCAGCUACCCUGUGAGUAUAACUUAGGCUUAAACUGACUCCUCUCAGCCCUUUUUUUUUUUUUUUUUUUUUUUUUUUUUUUUUUUUUCAAGACAGUCUCACUCUGUUGUCCAGGCUGGAGUGCAGUGGCGUGUCUCAGCUCAUUGCAACCUCCACCUCCCAGGUUCAGGCAAUUCUUCUGUCUCAGCCUCCCGAGUAGCUAGGUUUACAGGUGCACGCUGCCAUGCCUAGCUAAUUUUUUAUAUUUUUAGUAGAGAUGGGGUUUCAUCAUAUUCCCCAGGCUGGUCUUGAACUCCUGAGCUCAGGUAAUCCAUCUGCCUCGGCCUCCCAGAGUGCUAGGAUCACAGGCAUGAGCCACCAAGCCGGCUGUCCUCCUGGCCUUAGGCCUUAAUACUCCAUCACAUUCUUUAAAGAUCACAGGAAGUCCCCCAGGGGCCACUGGACUAUUUCUGUAUUUUUUCUGAUGACCUCAGGAUAAUUUUGUUCUGUUUCAGUUUGGUUUUUUGCUUGUCCCAGUCCCUAUCAUCCUUGGGCCAGUGUUAGGAGGUAUGAGCUUAUCUGCUUGCGCCUGGGCCCCAGACUUUCCCUGCUCCUUCCCUACCUUCCAAGUGGCUUUUUAAGUAGCAGCUUCCAGUGCAACCGAGUGAGCCUCAGCUUCCUCCUCUGCUCUUGAGUCCUCUCAUAAAGGGGACAUGCAGGGAGAAGAGAAGCCUUGUGGGAGGCUCCUGUUGUCACCCGCGUGAACAGAGGGAUUGCAGGUUUGUGACUUUACCGUGACUGAAAUGUGCUGUCACUCAAACAACCAUGUCUUUAUUAACUUCUGCACUCGGAGGACUCCCUCGUGAGGCCCAUGGACAGGACAAAUGGCUCGGUGCAAGCUGCAGCCCGGGCUCCUGAGCUUCCUUCGUACCGCACAGUCCUGGGAGCCGAUUCAAAAAGCAGUGAUGUUGACGUCACUUCAGACCAGGAAGAGUCAGUGGCUUGGGCCUUAGCACCUGCAGUGCCUCAAAGCCCUCUGAAAAAUGAGUUAAGAAGGAAAUACUUGACCCAAGUGGAUAUACUGCUACAAGGUGCAGAGUAUUUUGAGUAUGCAGCUAACAGAGCUGGAAAGGAUGCACGUGUGACUCUGCUCCCUUCACUGGCCUCACCCGCCAUGCCUGCCCCUGGAAACUGCCAUUGUGUCUCCGGAAAGAGUCCUGGUGACCCAGCGAAACCAGCGCCAUCUCCCAGAGAAUGGGGUCCUUCGCAUACUUCCUCCACAGACAUGGCCUUAGUACCUAGAAAUGACAGCCUCUCCCUACAAGAGAUCAGUGGCAGCAGCUUCUCAAGCAGCCAGCCCUUUGAAGACGAUGGCAUUUGUGACGUGACCAUCAGUGACCUGUACGCGGGGAUGCUGCAUUCCAUGAGCCGGCUGUUGAGCACAAAGCCGUCGAGCAUCAUCUCCACUAAAACCUUCAUCAUGCAAAACUGGAACUCCAGGAAGAGGCACAGAUGUAAGAGCAGGAUGAACAAAACGUACUGCAAAGGAGGCAGGCGUUCUCAGAGGAGCCCCAAGGAGAGCUUCGUAACCUGCUCUGAGCCUGUGAAAGAGACAGGAGCAUUAAGAGACUGCAAGAACUCACUAGAUGUUUCUUGCCGUAAGACAGGUUUAAAAUUGGAAAAAGCUUUUCUUGAAGUCAACAAGCCCCAAAUCCGUAAGUUACAUCUGAGUUGGAAGGAGCUGAAAGUGACACCCUCGAAGUAUUCUUCCUUGACUUAUUUUAGCUCCAGUGCAACGCACAAUCUUGAUAAGGAAAAUAGAUUUUGGAAAUUAAAAUGGUUAAUUUCUCCCGUAAAAAUAGUUUCCAAACCAAGAAUACGACAGGGCCUUGGAGAGAACCAUCAGAGGGAGAUUGAAAUCCGAUUUGAUCAGCUUCAUCAGGAAUAUUGCCUGAGUCCCAGGAGCCAGCCUCGCCGGAUGGGCCUCCUGGACUCCUGGGCCGUGAACUUGUACAGAGGGGGUCCUGUGAGCCCAGGUGGCCUUCAGGGCUUAGAAACCCGCAGGCUGAGUUUACCUUCCAGCAAAGCAAAAGCAAGAAGUUUAAGUGAGACUUUUGAAAACCUGGGCAAAAGUUGUCUGGAAGCAGGUAGGUACCUGCCCAAGAGCAAGUCCUCUUCGUCAUUUCCAGAGACCAACAUCCCAGCUCGCACGCAGCAGACGUCUGAUCUUCAUGUUCAAGGAAACCAUUCUGGAAUAGUUAGAAAGUCAUUGUCGCCCAGCAAAACUCUUUCAGUCCCAGAUAAAGAAGUGCGAGUCCGUGGAAGGAAUCGUUACGAUGAAAUAAAGGAAGAAUUUGACAAGCUUCAUCAGCAGUAUUGUCCCAAAUCCCCUGGGCAGAUGAAGGUGCCUUUAUGUGUUGGAGUCUCUCCAGAUGAAGCGAGUGCGGAAGUUGGGUAUCGAGCAGACGGCUUUUCAGAAAAAUUAAAUCCAGACCCUCGCUUCCAGGGUUUCUGGAAGUUGCCGUCAUCACCCCUGGGGUGCAGAAAAAGUCCACUGGGCUCAACUGCAACUGAGGCUCAUUCAUCUACGUGUGUUGCUUGUGCCACCAGGAGGGACCAUCAGUUCCCUGCGAAAAGACCCAGGUUAUCAGACCCUCAGGGCUCCGGAUACCAGGCCGAUGCCCGGGGUGCCUCAGGUGGGGUGGGCAACGCUGUCAGACCAGGAGAGCAGGGCAGCUCUUCACAGCCCAACUCAGAAGAGAGGAAGAGGAAAGAACACGUCUUAGAGGAUGGAAAAGAAAAGUGGCAUUGCGCUAGAAAACUUCCAAGCUAAAAGUCUGUAGCUGGGUAUCGUGGAGUGUUACUUCUCUUCUCCCUUGCUCUCUGCUUCUAUUUUUGUUCUGUUUUUAAUUCUUGAGACACUGUGAGGAGUUGGUUGACUUCUCUGCCCUUAAAGCAAUUGUUAGUGAAACUGGCUCCAUCAGAGAUGAGCCUCCAGUUCUUGCUGUAGAAAUUAUGUGAAUAAAGUUGCUCACUUAGAAUUUUUAGGGGACCCUUCGAUA